AUGAUUAUAUCCGAUGACUCGUCCGGUGCAAAAAAUGGGACGAAGGCUGAUCCGCAUGCUGCUUCUAAGAAAGAUACUGGGCCCAAGAUUGCCAUUAUAUUUGUUUUCGUUGUGGCAAUAGUGUUUUUUGCAUUUUUCCUCUUCAAGUUUUGGCAAAAGAAGAAGAGAGAAGAACAGUAUGCGCGUCUUUUGAAGUUGUUUGAAGAGGAUGACGAUCUUGAAGUUGAACUCGGCCUUCGGGAUUGA